UCUCUCUCUCUCUCUCUCUCUCUCUCUCUUUCUCUCUCGCUCGCUCGUUUGUAUAUAUGCCCUAAAACCCCAACACUCGGACCCAAUUGCUACCAUUAUCCUCUACAUAAGCCCUGUUCUUUGGUUAUCAUUUCACUCAUCUUCUGCGUAGAGUGAGAAACCGAAAGCAAAAGAGGUUGUUUCAUGUAUUUUUCUUCCGCAAUCAGUCUUUUAAAAUUUCUACAACACACUCCCCUAAAAAUCCGCAUCUGCAGUUUUUGAUCCAUUUCCAACCUUCCUAUGGUAUUUGCUCAUUAAACCAAUAAAACCAAAGUGAAAAAUCUUGUUUUAAGGGAUUUUGAAAUGGCGCCCAGUCUUGAUUACUUGGCAUCAAGUUUACUGUGUGCAGAAGAAAACGACAGUAUAUAUUACGACGACGACGACGACGAUUUUGAUAUGUUAUUGGAUCAUCCAAAUUAUCAAAAUAUUAAUCAAAAUCAGAGAUUUAUCAACCAUCCUGAAACAGAGCAAUGUGUUAUUGAUUUUCCUUUACGAAGUGAUGAGUGUUUGGAUUUGCUCAUUGAAAAAGAAUGUGAACAAUUUGUGGAUUUUUUUGAUUAUUUGAACAAACUGAAGAAUGGUAACUUGGAUUUGGUUGCAAGACAAGACGCCGUUAAUUGGAUUACGAAGGUUCAUGCUCAUUUCAAUUUUGGACCCCUAAGUGCGUAUUUAUCAGUAAAUUACUUGGAUAGAUUCCUUGCUGUUUAUGAAUUGCCUGACAAAGCUUGGAUGAUGCAGUUGCUAGCUGUUGCAUGUUUAUCAUUGGCAGCAAAAAUGGAAGAAACCGACGUACCCCUCAUUCUAGAUUUACAGAUGGGUGGAUCAAGAUUUGUGUUUGAAGCAAAAACCAUUCAGAAAAUGGAGAUGCUUGUGUUGACGACAUUGAAAUGGCGAAUGCAAGCAGUGACUCCAUUCUCCUUCAUUGAUAAUUUUCUUGAGAAAGUCAAAGAUGGUCAACCCACUUCCAAAUCUAAGAUUUUGAGAUCAACCCAAUUAAUUUUAUGCUUAAUGAAAGGGAUGGAGUUCUUGAAAUUUAGACCUUCUGAGAUAGCAGCAGCAGUAGCAAUUUAUGUCGUGGGAUCGACACAAUUUUCUUCCCUGUUUCUGCAUGUUAAUAAGGAAAGGGUUCUUGAAUGUGUAGAAUUGUUGAAAGAGUUGAGUGGUGGUUGUACAAUGAGCUUAAUGAGUGAAAUGGCCUCUAAUGCUCCAACUUUUACGAAUGCAACAUCGUCAUCUGAUACUCCACGUCCAUGGACAACAAGUGAGGUAUGUUCAACCUCUCAUUUGGACAAGAAGAAUAUCGGGUACAAGUAG